AUGUCGGGCUAUCCGCAGCCACCGCCACUGCCUCCUCGAUACAAUGUAGGAUCGGGCCCCCCUCAGCUCCCUCCUCGACCCCCUCCUCAACAGACAAGCGGCCAGCCAGUGCAAAACAAUGCCCAAUACUCGUACGGGAGCAUGAGCCCGCAGCAACAGCCUCUGUACGGAUACCAAGCGCCACCUCUCUCAGCACCCUCAUCAUAUCCAGCUACGACUGCAGCAGUGCCAUAUUUCCCGCCUCCUCCAGAUGCAUCACCGACUGGCCAUAAUCCCAGCUCUGUCUCGACAGCAUCUACUCAGAGACCAUCUCAAUCCUAUCCCCCUCCUCCAAUUUCCCGCCGCCCAGUCCCACAGAGUCCAUCUGGCUACUCCCCACAUCCCCCGUAUAAUCCAGCUCAAAAUGCACAAACCCAGGCUUCAUAUACAUACUAUCCACCACCUCCUACCGCAUAUUACAAUAACCCUCCUGCCAGUGUUGCAGCGACUCCAAACACAUCUGGUCUUCCGCUAGCUACGCCUCCCCAGGGCUCAACAUAUCAAUACACGAGCUAUACCUCCGCUGAACCAAACAGUUUGCCUCCCCCUUCGCCACAGUCACCUGCAUCCGGAGGCCAUAUGCGAUAUGGAAAUGUGAAUUCUCCAUCUCAUCAGAACACACCUUCGUUUCUUCCUGCUCCUCCUCCCCCUCCUCCUCCGCCAUUGUCAACUCGUCCUCCGGUUGAAAGGACCUCUGUCAUCCAUUACCCUCCUCCACCACCUCCUCCUCCUGCGACAGCGACAGCGACCCUAGAAAAUGAAGGACAGCAAUUUGCGACAUCGCAACAUGGACUUAGUUCAUCUUCAUCGUUACCCUUGUCCCAGUUGCAAAUCAACCAGAGUCAAGAUCCACCCAGGCCCGCUGUAGCUCUCGAAUCUCAGCAUGCAGCCUUGACAUCCAGUCCUCCUCCUCCGACUUCAGCUACAUCACCUCAAGCACAGCAAUCCAAUGUCCUUCUUCAAGCGUACCAACCGCAGCCUACUCAGAACUCAUCAACUCAAAUCACAAGUAAUACCAGUUCAGCUCCUUAUCCGCAAGACACCCAGCCGUCCACUACAGUGCCCUCUGCAGAUCCUAUGGCUAGUCUUUCCUCGCAAAUGGUUAAUCUCAACGUGAGUUGUUUAGGAGGCGCCACAGAGCCAGAGCCCUCUGAAAGACGACGUGAUGAAAAUGCGCCGCAGCCUCCACCACACAUUCGAGCUACAGGACCGCCCCUAGAAGUUAUCACUUUCUGUCCAGAAGGAAGGGUGGUGGAUUAUUCACUUUACUGGUAUCGGUUGCCCGAUAUACCAGAUUUUUUAAUCUGCACGAAAUGCCACGCCGAUAACAUUCAAUCUACUCAGCUAGCAAGCCAAUUCGAGAAGAUCAAGCGGCCUGAUAACCAAAACUCUUCCUGUUCUUUCUGGAUACCCAGAGUAAAGGAAGUCAUGUGGCCGCAGGCUGUUUGCACAGGCAACAUGGACGCGAUGCGACUCUUUAUGAAGAAGCGCGGCAGUAUGAAGCCAUGCAAAGGGGCAAAUCCAACUGCGGCCACACAGGGGAUUAAAUGGUAUGGAAUGUCUAAUAGCGACAUUAACGGAUUCAUCUCCUGCGAAACCUGCUACGAGGAUCGAAUAGUAGGCACGUCAUUUGAGAGCAAGUUCUCUCUAUAUCGUCAGCAGCCUGCUGAUGAGCAAUGGUCCUGCGAUGUUGCUCUACAGUAUAUUUCCCGAGCCCUUGUCAAACUAGCUCAACAGAAUGACUGGGCUGGAUUUGUCGCCGGAGCCACUCGUCGCCUGUCCAUACCUAAAUGUGAAGGCAAAGAAGUACGGUCAAACUCUUGCACUUGGUACAUGCCACGCCGCAAAAUUGAAAACAUGCAGGCUUGUGAAGCUUGUUACAUGGACAGAGUGAGUCUUACGCGAUUUGAAAGAGAAUUCGAGGCUUGGCAAGAGAAGACAGACUUUGAUACCUUUCUCCAAAAUCUUACUCAGUUUUGGGCCUGCAAACUACACGAAACCAACCUUCCCUUGGUGUGGGCUAUGGACAAUGCAAUUGAGCAGCGCGAUUGGUCCGUAUUUAGCAGCUCAGCAGAAGUUGCGUGUCGACUUCCCCCUUGUACGGCAAAUGGAUUUAUUCACGGCAACUGGUGGACAAUCCAAGGAGGGUGCGACAACUUUGAUGUCUGUGAGACGUGUUAUACGUCGAUUCUCAGGACGAGUGGAGCCGGCCACUUCUUCGAGCCUGCAAAACGCAAUCCCGAGGCCACCUUGAUUUGCGAUUUCUGCGUGUCGAGCCCCCGAUUCCGGCAAUAUAUAAGAAUGUAUGCCAAGUCGGUGGAUCAAGGAGUUUUCAGUUACUACCUGGACUACGUCCGGACAUUCGCUUCGGUUCCAGUCUGCCCUGUGCUCAAAACUGUCGAGAAGUCUCACUGGUGGGGUUACCCAGGCGCUUUGUUCUGUCAGGAUUGUUAUUUGAGUUUUGUUAUCGACACUAAGCUUGGCAGUUCAGUGCCCAUAAAGGAAGGGUUUGACGAGCGACCCCAAAUCUGCCAGAUCUGGUCGUCUCGCAUGCGCACAAUGUGGUUGCAAGCGUGUGAUGCUGGUGCCCCGGGCUCUCCCGAAUCGGAUGCCAAGGUGAAAGAAUUCACCGAAUUUGCCAACCAACGACUGAAGAUUUACACUCAGACAAUUCCUCAGAUGGACUUCAUACGCGAAAUGAAGCAAAUGAGGAUGCAAGCUGCAAUGACCCAGGGACUGGUGAGUGUCAUGUACAAGGGAUCGGAUAGUUUGCUGUCCAUAUCUGGUGCCACAGACGGGAACCUUCAUGGAAAUAGUCAGCUGGGCUGGUACGACACAACCCAAGGCGUACAGGGAGCGCAAGCAUUUCAGAAUAUGCAGGCCGGUUUCGCGAGUGCAAACCGGACAGAUGAAUGGAUGCAGGUAUUUCAGCUUGAGCAGAUAUGGAAACAAGUUGAGUAG